GCAGGGCUGGCAUUUAAACUCCCGCCGCCGGCUGAGGCGGUUCCAUUUCCUCCUCCUUCUCCUCCUCCUGGCAUCUUCGGCGACCGCGGCGAUGUUCAGCUGGCUGGGCGGCGACGACCGGCGUCGGAAGGACCCGGAGGUUUUCCAGACGGUGAGCGAAGGGCUGAAGAAGCUCUACAAGGCCAAGCUGCUGCCGCUGGAGGAGCACUACAAGUUCCACGAGUUCCACUCGCCCGCCCUGGAGGACGCCGACUUCGACAACAAGCCCAUGGUGCUGCUGGUGGGCCAGUACUCCACCGGCAAGACCACCUUCAUCCGGUACCUGCUGGAGCAGGAUUUCCCCGGGAUGCGGAUCGGUCCUGAACCCACGACGGACUCCUUCAUCGCAGUGAUGCAGGGCGAUGUGGAAGGGAUUAUCCCUGGCAACGCCCUGGUGGUGGAUCCCAAGAAGCCCUUCCGGAAACUCAACGCCUUUGGCAACGCCUUCUUGAAUCGAUUUGUGUGUGCCCAGUUGCCGAAUGCGGUCCUGGACAGCAUUAGUGUGAUUGAUACCCCAGGCAUCCUUUCCGGAGAGAAGCAAAGGAUCAGCCGAGGCUACGAUUUUGCCGCCGUCUUGGAGUGGUUCGCCGAGCGGGUAGACCGCAUCAUCCUCCUCUUUGACGCCCACAAGCUGGACAUCUCCGAUGAGUUUUCGGAGGUGAUCAAAGCCCUGAAGAACCACGAGGAUAAGAUGCGUGUCGUCCUCAACAAGGCCGACCAGAUCGAGACCCAGCAGCUCAUGCGCGUCUACGGCGCCCUGAUGUGGUCGCUGGGGAAGAUCGUCAACACCCCCGAGGUCAUCCGGGUUUACAUUGGUUCCUUCUGGUCUCACCCGUUGCUCAUCCCAGAUAACCGGAAGCUCUUCGAAGCUGAGGAGCAGGAUCUUUUCCGCGACAUUCAGAGCCUGCCCCGGAAUGCCGCGCUGCGGAAACUCAACGACCUCAUUAAACGGGCCCGCUUGGCCAAGGUUCAAGCCUACAUCAUCAGCUCUCUGAAGAAAGAAAUGCCCUCCGUCUUCGGCAAAGACAACAAGAAAAAAGAGCUGGUCAGCAACUUGGCCGAGAUUUACGGCCGGAUUGAGCGAGAGCAUCAGAUCUCGCCAGGGGAUUUCCCCAAUUUAAAAAAAAUGCAAGAGCAGCUCCAAGGUCAAGAUUUCAGCAAAUUUCAGCCCCUGAAGGCCAAGCUGUUGGACGCAGUGGAAGACAUGUUGGCCCGCGACAUUGCCCAGCUGAUGGUCUUGGUGCGCCAGGAAGAAUCCCAGAGGCCGGCCCAGAUGGUCAAAGGCGGGGCCUUCGAAGGGACUCUCCAUGGCCCCUUCGGACAUGGCUAUGGAGAAGGUGCCGGAGAAGGCAUUGAUGAUGCCACCUGGGUUGUGGCCCGUGACAAGCCCAUGUACGACGAGAUCUUCUACACCUUGUCCCCUGUCGAUGGGAAGGUAACUGGGGCCAACGCCAAGAAGGAGAUGGUGAGGUCCAAACUCCCCAACACCGUGCUGGGCAAGAUCUGGAAACUCUCCGACAUUGACAAGGACGGGAUGUUGGAUGACGAAGAGUUUGCCUUGGCCAACCAUCUCAUCAAGGUCAAAUUGGAAGGCCACGAGCUUCCGAGUGAGCUACCGCCUCACCUCAUCCCACCAUCCAAGAGGAAAAUGGCAGACUGACUGACCUCCGGAAUGCCGUUGGAGAUGGGAAAGUUCCUCUCUUGGUUGUUUGAGCCUCUGGAGAUGUGUGAGGUCCACCUCUUGAUGGGACAACCCUACCGGGGAAAACAAAACGGGAGGUCGACCUCAGCUCUGCUUUGUUGUCGCAUUAUGCAACUCUCUUCUUGAUAUCAUAUCUUGUUGCCUGGUCCCUGUCUUGUCAAAGGAAAGUCACGGCAGAACUUCGAGAAGAUCCUCCAUUGGCCUUCAACCAAGGGUUUGAAUUGGAUUGGAUUGGAUUCCUCUUCAACCAGUUGAAUUGGAUUGGAUUCCUCUUCAACCUGUUGAAGGGAGCCUUGUAGACCAAGUCAACCCCUUGGAUGAAAUAUCAGGACUUCAAAUUUACACUUCGGUGUCUUGGGAAGACGUCUUUGACGUUCAACCUUCCUGGCCUUUGAUAUGAAGACUCGGGCUGCCGAUACAUCUACCCCAUGACUUGGCCUUCUGCCCAUUGGGAACCCGUGGUCCAUCAGAAACAUCGUCUUCUCUCAUUUAUCUUUAAGGAUGAUGGGAUGUCUUCUCCAUGGAUGUUCCAGAAGACCACUUUUGUAAGUUAGAACUCGGUGGUUCAUUCUUGAUCGUGAAUGGGGGAAUCUCUAGAUUUAAGGAACGACAAAAGUUGGGUGUGAUGCACCCCCCAGAAGUUCACUAUCCGAAAGGUUUCUAGAAGGUUGAACCUCAUUUAGGCGAUCAAUGUCACCUGGGUAUCUCCAGAUUAGGAAAUGACCCAAGCUUUUCCAACCCGUAAAACAAGUUUGAUCUUCCCCUCUAGAUAAGCUGGACGUCAAAUCGUUGUCUUUCAUCCACACACACCAUUAACAGCCGCAUUUCAGCUCCGUUGCAAUCCCCGCUCGUCGUCGGCCAAUUUCCUACAACAAAUCGCAACCCUUUCUACACCGGUGUUGCCUCCGAAGAACCUUCUGUCCCACGAGGAGACCAUCUCCCCCUAGGGAUGGUCUUCAGGUGGGCCGAACUACAUCUUACACCUUCUCCAGACACAGGAGCCACCUACUGGAGGUUGAAAAUGUGAACCCAGAGCUGAGCCAAACUCAUUUCCGGCCUCUCAUUUCACAUCUCGAUUUGUGAAUUUUGUUUGGCCUUGUGUGCAGACCUACAACUUCUUGUCGCUUCGGACAGAACAAACUUCUACUGUCUUUCAAAAGAGUGCGAGAAACAGAAAACCCGGACGCCUAUAACUUAUUUUAUUUUAAUAUUAUACAUAGAAACAUAUAUAUCCCAUGUGUGUGUAAUUAUA